AAGUGAACCCUCAACACAGAGGGUGGGGUUUGCGGGCAGUUUUGCGAUGCACCAUCAUCAUGUCGUAAGGUCUACAAUGGUUUGGGGCAGCUGGCAUUGCUCACCACACCAGGGGCCAAACCAGGCCUUGAUGAGACACAGGUUGUCUUCGGCGAAGGCUUUGCAGUUGUCGCAGGGAUGCUGUCUUUCGCCAAUCUUACGAAAGCCCGCACUCGCAAUCUACGAGCGCUGGACGCAGAGCUUGCGUUUGGCGGCCUGAAGCUUGUGCUUAUGGAUGGCACCUCCCUGGAAAGGAAGCUGUCGGAGCUUGCAAAAGAUAGACGUGUUCUCGUUCUCUUUGCGUCUGACAAGGAAAAACUACACGAGAGCCUUCUGUUGGCAGAAGCAUACCGCCGACGUUGGUUGACAUCAAAAGUUUUGGUGGUUGCAGCGGGUGAAGUCCAAGGAGGGGGUGGCCGUUGGCUAGCACGAGCCCAAAACCCAGAGGCAUGGUCAAGGUGCUACGCAGCUUGGCAAGAUGUAUCAGGCCAGGAGCCAAGCUCAACCUCCUGGCUGCUGUUCGGACGUAGCGGGCGGCUACGCGGCCAAAGUUCAGGAAGAGACUUCGAUCAGAUCCUCGCUUUCGUAGGUGUUGGUCAAAAUCUAUCUCUCUUGCCGCAGCGAGCCCAAGAAUCCGAAAAAGAAGUAGAAAUUCUCAAGGUGCAUGAUGACUUUUAUGUGGCGCUGAAAAGUGGAGACGCACCGCUAAUGCGGACGCUAUGGGAGGAGGCUGGUGAGGAAAAAGAUUCUAGGCCACGAGUUUCCUGGGAGGAGGUCUUGAGUGACAAGGCAGCAGUCCUUGACGUAGUUGAUGUGGAUGUUGUUCGACUUGGAAAGAGCGAAGCUAUGGUGACUUCAAUCGAGGUUUGUGCCGGCGAGGGGAGUUUGUUCAAUGACGGCGGCCCUGGCGGCAAAGGAACCUUGUUAGCGACCAAGCGCUUGAAGCUGGAGGAAAGUGGUUCCUGGCGCUUGGUGUCGCAUCAAACCAUUCCGUACUGCGACAAUACCGUGGCGUCGCAAUCCUUGGUUUGCACCUCUCGCGGCUGCAUUUUGCUCAAGCGCGAGUGAUAAAAUGAGGGGUGAGCAAAUUGCAUCUCAUAUACACGCUCUGUGCAAGCGUGGAAUCCAUGCAUAUGCUAGUAUGUAUGUUUGCUUGCACAGAAUCUACAGAGCCGAAGAUGCCAGUUCGACUCUUGAAGAGAUCAGUUACGUAUCAGCCGUCCACUGCGGUUUUGAAGCGACCAAGCAGUUCUUGAGGUGAGCCAAAGAUGCUCUUGAAACAGUGACAGUUGUGUAUCAGCCGUCAAGUGCGGUGCACUUGUCAGGUGGCUCUGUAUGACCAACGAGAUUGCUUUGAAGCAAUCAAGCGCAGACUGGGAUAUCUCGCAGGCAAUUGCAAGUGAGUUGAAAA